AUGUAAUAAAUAGUAGAUAUAAAAGAAAUACAAAAAUCUCCACCUGAUUAAUUUUCAUUCUUACUCAGGAUCGGAAAUAAAUGUGAAUCUACUUCCCUUACAAAUGUUUUUACUGGCGAUCCAGCAAUACCUGUUAUUGGCAAAUAUUCCAGAAAUCAAUAUCAUUUUUUGACUGUCGAUGUGUUGAUUUAAAUGGAUUUGAAUCUAAAUGAAGGCACCUACUAUAGCAAAGGAUGUAAAGUAAAUUUGCCUGCCAAUGUGCUUAAGAUUUUGCAUGACAUCCCUGAAUAAAUAAUUCAUAACAAGCCGCCUCCAAAAGAAAACAACAAGAAGGGAGGCAAAAAGUAAAAUAAAAAAUAAGGUAAGUAAAAACAACAGUAAGAAUAAUAAAUGCAGUAAAUUGAGGUUGAGCCUUAAUUGGAGUAGUAAAAUUAAAAUGAAAAUGAACAUGAAGAAGAUUUUAAGAUCAUGCAAUUUCAUCCAUUGCAGUUUCAUUAAUCUCCUAAUAUCAAAUUCAGUUGGAUUAUAAGUUCACUCUCCAAUAAGAAAAUACUUGAACCAAUGAAGUAGGAACCCUGUUUAAGUUAUGUUAAUCAUAAUUGGGUUUUUGAAGUGAUUAAUUUUGAACACACCAAGAAACUAAUUCAACAUCUACCUAUUUGUGUUGUAGACCCUAAAGGAGUUUUUGAGUAUUCAGAUCCUUACAAAGGAUUGAGUUUCACAGGUUUGAGAUCAGAAUACAUGUCUGUGCAUUUGGGACCACAAGGAUCUCUUUGUUUUUCACCGAACAAUAUGAAAAUGAUGGUGGAUAUGAAGAGACCUUUGAUUUCAUUUUGGACUGUGAUUUUAUAAGAGGAUGGAAUACAUUAAGUGAAUUUGCAUUGGGUGAUCUUACAUGAAUUAUUUUCAGAGAUGUCUCAUGUGAUAGCCAAAGAAAAUCAGACAAUUCAAUAAUUAUUAAUAAAUUAUGGAGAAUUUAAUGCUGAAUAUAAAGCAGAAUGUGAACAAAUAAACAAAGUUUUUGGUUGA